GGGUACAAAGAGCCAAAUCCAAAAAAAGCUGGGAGAUUCCUGGUUGCUUGGCAUUCACAUAAAUCGGCCAUCAAUGCUCACAGAGGAUAAACCCUAUUUACCUAACAUUCAGAAGAGAAUAAAAAAUCCAGGAAGGAACUAAAAAUGCCAUCCCCUCCAGCAUUCAAAAAAGCAAAAAUCCACACCAGACAAACCAUAAGACAAAAAUCAAUAAUCAAGGAAUCAAUUAGGAGGAAAUCGACCCAUCUCAAAAAACAAAAAUAAAAAAUUCCUGGCAGAGCAACUAGGGGCAUCCCUCCCCCCCCCACAUUGGUGAUGUUCCCUAGUUGGGUAAUGAAACGUCUGCAAGCAAAACACCUGCUCAGAGAACACCAAGGACCCUGCAGGUCAGCCCUGAGCUGCAGAUACUUUCUCUCAUUGGGAGUGGAGUCUUUGUUCUAAGGGAUUCCCUCAGGGCUUUCCUCUGCUUCAAGCAAACCUCUCAAGCGGUCACUGCUAGCCCUGCCCACCUCUGCCGCUGAUGGGUCCCAGCUUCUCUUCCUGUUACUACGGAGAUGACCUGCCAGUUUAUAGUCGAAGUCACUAGCAGCAGGAAGAAGAGCAAGCGCAUCCCGUCGGCGGGACCUUUUGCUGGGCUGUCUGGGUGCACUCUGACCUCUCCUUUGUCCUGCAGCAAAGUCCCUCCCUUCGUAAGGAUGCUGGCCCCUGAGGGUGCCCUGGACAUUCACGAGAAGGCUUGGAAUGCCUACCCUUUCUGCCGGACUGCUCUGUCUUUCUUUCCAUGUCUCGGGUUUGGAGCAGUUAUAACAAAUGAGUACAUGAAGGAUGACUUCUUGAUCAAAAUUGAAACCUGGCACAAAGCAGAUAUGGGCAUGCAGGAGAAUGUCCAUAAACUGGAUCCUGAAGAGUGGAAGAACGUGGAGGCUGUUUAUAUAGACAUUGGGGACCGGAGCCAUGUGCUUUCCAGGGACUACAAGCCAGAAGAAGACCCAGCAAAAUUUAAAUCGGUCAAGACUGGCCGUGGCCCUCUGGGCCCCAACUGGAAGAAGGAGCUGGGCAAGCAGGCCGAAUGCCCAUACAUGUGUGCUUACAAGCUGGUCACAGUCAAAUUCAAGUGGUGGGGUCUGCAAAACAAAAUUGAGAACUUUAUCCAGAAGCAAGAGAGGCGGCUUUUUACGAAUUUCCACCGGCAGCUGUUCUGCUGGCUCGAUAAAUGGGUUGACCUGACAAUGGAGGACAUUCGCAGGAUGGAGGAUGAGACAAAGAGGCAGCUGGAUGAGAUGAGAGAGAGAGACCCUCUGAAAGGCAUGUCAGCUGCAGACGAGUAGCAUGGAUUCCUUGACCGUACGUUUGCUAGACUGUCUCCGGGAAGGCCCAGGAACUCCAUCCUCUUGACCAGCGGACCGUCUCUGGACAUUCAAGCCCUCUUUCUCCAGUUGGCCGGCAACUUCUGCCCCCCUUGCUAAUUCUAGUUGCCCUUAAUCUAGUGAGCAAAUCCUUUGGUCCUGAGCCACGGUGCCCAGGGAAGAGGCGGCCCUUCAGGACAGCUGCUUCUGUGACCAUCCCCUUUCCCCUGGGAGGGGCACACACUGGUUCUCAUGUGACUCUUUGAUUUCCAAGUGGCAGGUUUUGUUGAAGUAAUUUUGUGAUGUGGUGAUUUAAGAGUUCCCCAGCCCCUAUCUUUGUUUCCCCUCUUCCAAAUCCUGGGAUGGCGCUGCACUUGUGGAGACGGGAGCUCAGUGCUGAGCGCCACAAAUGCUGGGAUCCGGAAGCCUUUUUUCCUCUGUAAAGAAUAUUCUUGUCUCUGGCCUCUUGGCACAGGCGUGGCUGCUGGCACACGGCUUCCCCAAUCACCUUGUGGUCUCCUCUCCUUACCCCACCCCUGGCCUGAGGCCGCCACUGCUGAUGCUUCUUUGGGACUGUGCGUCCUGGAGCUCAGGAACAACAGUGGAAGCCCCUCUCUGCUCUGAGAGUGGGGAGGGUCUCACUCAUCUGACCAAACCACAUUCAGCUCCUCUUUUCCGGGGUUGCCUGAAUUGGGGCUUGUGCUUCUGGAGGAGGUCCCCAAGUCCAGCCCUGGCACUGGACUCCCCUUCAGACAAUCACAUGAGCAAGGGGAGGGAACGCUCACCACAGUGGGGGAUUCUGUCUCUGGAUCUCUGCCUCCCCCUCUGCAGUGAUGUCAGAGGGGAGGUUAGAGUGGGCUUUGGGGAGGACAGAGGCUUUCACCCACCACCACUCUCCCCUAUUCCUUGCCAGCCAAUUCGUUUCUUGCCUUAAAGUGCAAUAAGCAAGCCUGUUCUGCUAUGGCCGAAGGGGUCUCCCUUGGCAGGGCCUCUGUGGCUUUUGUGUUGAGCCGAGAGGGCUUUUCAGGAAGUUGGCGGUUCCUGGGCACAGGAGGCAGAAUUAAAGCGGGGCUGGAAUGUCCCCGGCCGGCCAGGCCAAGUCCUUUGGGAUCCGUCUGUGUCCCACUAGUCCUCCCUCUCCUCUGAGGCACGCGGGUGCAGAGUAAUCCUCUCUCCUCCAAAAUGCAGAGAACUACAACACAGAGAAUUAUUGUGUGGCUAAGAGGAUCUGCUCAAACACGUUACUGUUCCCACUCCUGCUUAAAAGAUUUGGGUUUAACACGGAGGCUUUCUGGCCGGUGGCAGUGCAUCUCCGGGAACAGAUGGUGACAUUUUGAGGAUGGGGGAGAAUUAAAACGACUCUAGUAGGAAAAGACAAGAAUUCUUAUUAAAACAUAAGUUUCUUGUUUAGCAGCAAGAGUAAGACAAGUGCAGAACCCCACCCCCACUCUGUGUUCUGCAUUGGAGUUGACCCAGUGCGCCCCUUCCCAGCUGCAGCUGAGGCUCCUGUAGAGCCCCCUGUUCCCCAUUGGCAGUGAUGACUCCCCCCUCCUUUGUUUCCUGCCAAGGAGAACGAGUGGCGCGUUGUGUUGUAUCUGGUUUCGUGCUCCAGAAUCCUCAACCCUGAGAGGGGCUUGUGGCAGGGGCUACAGGCCGAGUGUGGAGACGCAAACAGCAGGUUCCGCUUGCUUUGUGUUGUGAUGGUCAAAACUCCAGCGGGUAAACACCUCCCCUCCCCCUUUUAGCAUGCUCUUGUUUUUCUCUCUUUUCUGCCAAACCUGCAAGGACUCCCUGACUGGUCCAGCUGGGUUCCCCGUGCUAUUUGUUUCUCCGGCAUCCGCUCUGUAGGAUAGGUUAGAUGAUCUCCAUUGUUUCUUUACUGUGAGUUGUGCCUUUUUUGGUCUCCCGAUCUUCCAAUACAGGCCUAUUGGAAAUAACUCUUAAUAAAAUCAUAGACAGAAGA